GCACAUAUAAAUAGCGACUCCUCGAAAUCCAAACGAAAUCAACUCACCAAUGGCGGAUACGAAACUCCUACUCUCCCACGGAUUCGGACCUCGUGUUCAGGUUAUGGCCGACGGAAUCAAGCACAGAGCAUCGAGACCGAUGGAUCUGAAGAAGACCUUCAAGCGACAGAAGGAACACCUUUUUCAGAAAAUCAAAAUGAGCAAAAAACGCUGUCUUCGAAACGCUCUUCUCUGCCUCAAGCUUCCUAAGCAGCAGGCGGCUCAGCCCCAGCCCCGCCGCGCAGGUUCAAUCCCCGGCCAGGUUUACUCUAUCGAUAGCAGGACGGCUGCCUCAAUCAGGCCGGGCUCUGGCCGGAAUUUUCCAUACAUCAGCCUCAAGGAGCUGAAUAUGGAGCGCGAUUAUAUUAGGGUUUCUGCUCCCAUUUAUAUAGUCACUUGAUCAAUUGAAUUCUUUGAUCAGAUUUGCCCUAUGCAUUCCUGGAAUUUUAAGCUCACAUUGUCUUGGAGAAGUAAUUUUGGUAUGGUACAGUAUAGUGGAAAAGUCAAUACUAGCCGUUUGCUAGAUCCAAGAAUUGAACCUACAAUUUUGAAAAUGUUACCCACAGAUUGUUUGUUUACUGUUGUAUUUGCUUCUUAAUCUGAAAUGAUAAAUUUGAUUUGACUGUUUGGGCCCAGAUGCUUUCUCUGCUCUGUUACACUUGAUGAUGAUAAAGGAUAAAGUGUUGAUUAAAGUCACCAUCUUUAGCCCACCUGGUUUGUCUCUGUCAAUAAUUCAAGAAUUUUAAUGGCGGUGGUGCCUUUUUCCUGUCGUCCCGGUCUCUCCUUUCCUCUGUUUUUCCUUCAAAAAGCAAGAACACAUCUCGAAUCUUAUUUUCCACGUUGUUUAUUCCAAUUCGGGAGGCUGUCAGUGUCGAUUUAUGCUAAAUAUUCUUUUUCCAUCCUUGAAGCAACUGCUUUGUUUAACUUCUGCAGUCUCGUCGUCUCCAUUGUUCUAGUUUUCUUACAGGAAAUCAUCAAAUGGACCGAAUCGAGCACAAGCAGCUGAGCUUAAACGGGCUUAGCAUCCACGUGGCAGAAGCGGGCCAAGGCCCGACGAUCCUCUUCCUCCAUGGCUUCCCCGAGUGCUGGUACGCCUGGCGCCACCAGAUGAUCUUCUUCUCCAGCCAUGGCUACCGCGCCAUCGCGCCGGACCUCCGCGGCUACGCCGGCACCACCGGAGCCGAUCCGGCGAAAUCCACCACAGUGCACGUGGUGGGCGACUUGGUUGCCAUAAUUAACGCCAUGGCCCCCAACGAGAAGGUCUUUGUUGUCAGCCAUGAUUGGGGGGCAAUCAUGGCGUGGGCUCUGUGCCUGUACCGGCCGGACAAGGUGAAAGCCGCCGUCAACAUGAGCGUCACUUUCAGCCGGAGAAACCCUGACAGGAAGCCGCUCGAAACUCUCAGAGCUGUCUACGGAGACGAUUACUACAUUUGCAGAUUCCAGGAGUCUGGAGAAAUCGAAAAGGAAUUUGCUCAAUUCGGGACCAAGAACGUCCUGAAGCAUUUCUUAACCUACAGAAAUCCAGGGCCACUGUACCUCCCCAAGAAGCAGCCAUUCCCCGACACUCCAGUUUCUUUGCCUCCAUGGUUGCAAGAACAAGAUGUUGAUUACUACGCCGAAAAAUUUGAUGCUGCUGGAUUCACUGGAGCUUUGAAUUACUAUCGAGCACUCGAUCUAAACUGGGAAUUGACAGCAGCUUGGACAGGGGAUCAGAUCAAAGUCCCGGUGAAGUUCAUCGUGGGUGAUUUGGAUCUAACCUACAAUGCGCCAGGGGCGAAAGAGUACAUACACAAGGGCGGGUUCAAGAAGGACGUCCCAUUGUUGAAGGAUGUGGUUGUGAUGGAAGGCAUCGGUCAUUUCCUCCACGAAGAAAAGCCCGAUGAAGUAAAUGCUCACAUCCAUUCCUUCUUCAAGUGUGCAUCUUCAUCCUCUUCUACCUGUCUAGCAUUAUGAUCAUUGAUCAAUUCCAUUCCAUGUUGUUCUAAAGCUAUAUAUACACAUAUGUGCUUUGUGUGUAAGAGAUAAUAUAUCGACUGCUUGAUUUUCAUCCCUUCUUUUGCAUUGAUGGCAACGCAGCAGUUUCUGCGUUUGUUGAGCUGUGGAUUGAUCUGAAAUUCAUUAAACUGUAAGAUUCGAUCAACGGAGCGUGUAUUGUGUAAUGAUUCGUAUUUUGGAACCCUGAGAGUGAUUACCUUUUGGAGCU